AUGCGGAGUCUUACGGAAAUUCUGGCAACGGGGCCCAUUCUGGACCCUGAAGAAGAAGCAUUCGUUGUCUUUUCGCAAGAUAUCCCUUCUCAGUCUCUUGGUUUCAUCGACGAGCCAGCCGCAACUCUAGACCUCAGCGUGGCGGGCCACGAUCUGGUCAUCCACCACUCAAGAGGUCUGCUGACUUCCAGCCGUAAAGAAGGGACGACCGGUGCCGUAGUGUGGAAAGUCACCCCGUUAUUCGCAGCAUGGAUCGCCUCCCCAACAAACUUCCUUUUCGCAUCCUCUCUUCUCACACCCAGCUCCAGCAUCCUCGAGCUCGGCGCAGGCGUAUCCGGUAUCGUCGCACUCUGCCUAGGUCCCCUAGUCGCAAGCUACACAGCCACCGACCAAGACUAUGUGCUCAAACUGCUACGGCAGAAUAUUGCCGAGAAUCUCGACACCGUCAUGCCGGCAAAAAGAAAGAGUGGGAGGGGAAGUAAGAAACAGCAGGGUCAGCUGAAGGGAGAAGGAGGAAGUGGUGGCGAUCGCAUCACGACACUGCAAUUAGACUGGGAGACAGAUGCAACUUCUCGUCUCAAGCCCGUGGACAUGAUCCUAUCAUGCGAUUGCGUCUACAACGAAGCUCUGAUUGAGCCGCUCAAUACGACAUGUGCUGCAAUAUGUAGGUUGAAAGAUGACAAGGACGAGCCAACGCUUUGUCUUAUUGCGCAGCAGCUGCGCAGUCCUGAGGUCUUUGAGACGUGGUUGAAAAGUUUUCAUCGGUAUUUUCACGUUUGGCAGGUGCCGGAUAGGAUGCUGGGCGAGGGGUUGAAAGAGGGCAGUGGGUUCGUGGUGCAUGUUGGUGUCGUAAGAUGA